AUGGGCACAAUUCUACAGGAGCGAGUGGCACAACAAUGUGUGGAGCGGGUUUUCCUCAGGGAGAGGGACUGGAAGAAGAAGGCGUCGUGCAGCAACAACAGGCCUAAUGUGGGCAGCAACAAAAUGGGAAGGCGGCAGGCACAAAGGAAACCACUGCAGCCACAGUCCACGAUCCCAAGUCAAGAAAAUAAUAAUGAAAAAGUAAGUAGGCUGCAGCAGAGAAGAAAGCACAAGCCUCACAUCCCCCAGACUAAACGCAAUACGUGUCAACACAGCGCUCAGGGAACCUUAGAGUCAAAGUCCCAUCCACUGUCCCCUGCAGAGGACAGGAUGGAGCCAAAGGUGCAGCCAGCUGCUCAGCGCUCUGGCCAUAGAGAACAGAAGCACACAGGAUUCAGAGGGAGCAGACACACUCCAGCCUUUCCCUGCCACCGUCUGUCUGACUCCAGCCCCAAUCUGCUGGAGAGACACUCACCAAAACUGGAGGAAGGAAGUCUGAGCGGCCAUGGAGAAGGUGACAGUGACACAGACUUGUCUGAGUCGGAGAGACUUCCUGUUUCGUCCUCUGAUCGGGUCCCUCCACAGCUCGAGUUGAGGCCAGAUGUCAUUGAGGCUGAAGACUCCACUCACUCCACUCGCAGCCACAGGACAAGAGGACAGGGACGUGGUGGAUUUGACUUCCCAGACUUCCUUCCUCCACCUUUUAACUCCUGGAGCCUCAGUCAGCUGGCCGUCUUCUACAACACGGAGGGCCUGGGGGCCCCUCGGCUCAGGCCAGUGGGAUCUUUGGAAAGGUACUUGGAAAGACUGCUGCAGCUGGAGUGGCGUCAGAUCCAGACUGUCCAGGAAGAGAGUGGCAAGUCAGCUGUGUCAGAUGUUAUAUCCAGCUGCCACAGGUCACCUGCUGCUGUCACAUCACGCCUCAGCUCCCCGAAGUGUAUCCUCCAGUGUCAGCGUGCCUUCCCUCUCACCUUCCUCUCUUCGCUGGCGAGUCACUCAACCCUGCUCUCCAGCUGUGCCUGCACUAUGUACCACAUCCGCCCCUCCAUCUGUAACGCGUCCUGCUGCCGCUCCUCGCACAGUCACACCCGUCAGUCUAGACUGAGUCCCAUGCUGGAGCACAGGAGGCCUGUGUCUCUCCCCAAAAGGAGCUACAGCGAGAGCCGGGUUCACUCCUCAGACAGGAGCUCCAUAUCCCGAGCUCAGAGGUUCAGCAGCCCCGUGAGGACCAACAGCCACCUGAGGAGAAUGCAAGCCUCAGGCAACAUCCGCAACCCAGUUCAAGGUGCUAACACCAAGCCUCAAUUCACUGCCACAGACUCAAGCGUUGGGGCUGGGAGAGACUGUUUGGCAGCACGGGGGAAUGUGUUGGACCACAGGACAGGAGGGUUUAGGAGAAGGAGUGGCUCAGAGCAAAGGAGAGGUGGAGGAGUAGAGAGACAUCAAAACGGAUCAGUGAAAAAACGGAGUGGUUCUGAGUGUAGAAGAGGAGGAGCAGAGCGAAGGAGAACAGCUGAGUUUAAGGAGCGAGAAGUAAAACCAGAUGCUGUCACUGCAAUAAUGGACAAUUUACCCACGUCCAAACUUUCUCCUGUUAACAGACACAACAGGACAAAACAGGUCGAAUUUGUUACAUAACAGCAGCUUAAGGAUUGUAAGUGUAAUCUAUAGUCCACAGCAAAUAUCAUCACUUUUAAGGUUUGGUUAGGAAUCUGCAUUUUCAAUCACUUUUCUUAUUUGAACAGAGAAAAACUGGAUGAAGUUUAUUAUCUUUUUUCAUUAGAGAAUGGGAUGUUUUUCAGCCAUUAGUUACACUAUUAUUUUAAUAACAUGUUUAAUAACUGUAGUGUAUUUUUACAUGCACUGCUGAUUAUACAUAAAUCUAAUGUGCAUGUGAAUAUUUAUAUAUAU